UAUCGAAAGCAUAGAAAAGUUGACCCGCCAGUCUUUUACCUCAUUAAUCAUCACAUCCUCUAAAAAGUCUUCAAAAUAAAUUUAUUAUUGGCAUUACUAUAUUUUCUCCUUCUGCCGUUCUUUUUUUCUAAUUUUCUCCUUCAACGUUCCUUUCCAAAGUUCUCAAUUCGUCGAAGAAUUUCAUAAAAGGUGAUUUGAUACUGUCACAGUCGAUAACAGGUAAUUGGCUCAACGUCAAUGCCUUCAGUAAUUUCGCCUCAGUGGCAAGAGAAAGCUAAUGGAUUCUUUCAAUCUUCGGGGGUGAAGUUGAAAGAAGCCAGGCAGUCUGCAGGAUCAUUUGUUGGUGAGGUUGCCAAAGAUGCAAAAGGAAAUGUGGGCGAGGUUGCUGAGAAAGUUGGAUCAGCAGUCAAAAGUCGAUGGUCGCUCCUACAGCAGCCAUCAACAAGACAUGCUAUGCAGGAGCGCUUUAUUACUGCAGCUGCUACAACCAGCUUCUUCUUGAGGAAAGGGUUUUUGGAGACAAAAGAUAAGGUUGCUGUUGGAAAGAUAAAAGUUGAAGAGGUGGCAAAGAAAACUGCACAGAAAAGCAAGACUUUGCUGACUGAUAUUGAGCGGUGGCAGAAGGGAGUUGCGAGCACUGAUGUGUUUGGCGUCCCCAUUGAUAUCCUGGUGCAGAGGCAACAAUCAACUAGACCUGUUCCUUAUAUCAUGGUGAAAUGUGCAGAUUAUCUUGUCUUAUCAGGGCUGAAUUCACCUGAGUUGUUCAAGGCUGAAGGAGAUAAAAAGGUUAUACAUCAAUUGGUUUCUUUAUACAAUCAAGAUCAAGAUGCACCAAUACCUGAAGGGGUAAAUCCGGUAGUCAUUGCAGCUCUGAUGAAGUGCUACCUUGCAAGUCUACCUGAGCCAUUGACAACCUUCGAGCUUUAUAAUGAAAUAAGAGGUGCACGCUCAAGCAUACACACAAUGAAGAAUAUCUUAAAGAAGCUUCCAACUGUCAACUACAUGACACUGGAAUUGAUCACUGCGCUGCUACUCCGCAUAAGCCAGAAAUCUCUGGUUAACAAGAUGGAUGCUAGAAGCCUUGCAACGGAAAUGGCUCCAAUUCUUAUUUGGCAAAGAGGCCAGAGGCCAGACCAUUAUAACCAGUUCUGGAACCAUUCAGCAAAACCUUCUUCAAAGAAAUAUAUUGACUCCAACUCGAACUCUAGUGCAUGGGAGAUGCUUGCAGAUGAAGGUGAAAAUGUUGAUGCAUCUUCUCCCAUCCCCUUGGAUGAUGGGCUACCAAUUGACUUGGGUGCCAUUGAUGCCAUUCAGUGCUUAAUCGAGCAUCACAAUACCAUAUUUACCGAUGCAAAUGAGACUGUUUGGCGCUGAGUAAGCAAUUGGACUCUCAGAUUGGUGGAUAUAUUGCACAUGUAUAAUGAUUUUAUCCAUGCUGAACAUCACACAAAAUGUGGAACUCUUUCAUCAUAUUUGAUUUUCUCUUAACGUUUAGGAGUUUGUAUCCGUGGCUUUGUAAAUUUUGAUUGGGAUAGGCAUAGGUUCAGAACUUGUGUUUAUAGAUCGCUUUUUUGUUAUGGGAUGGUUGUUGGGUUGUUAGUGACGGUAUAAAGCAUAAAUGAUCUUAUGUUCUAUUGAAGGGUUUGUAUUUGUACUGGAGCAUUGCAAGUAUCAAAUAAUAAACAUAGAUCUUUACAGUUAUUGCAUUUA